AUGGCCUUAGCAAAUGUACAGAAAGUGUUCAUCAGUGACAGCCUGGACCCUUGCUGCCAGAAGAUCCUGCAAGAUGGAGGGCUGCAGGUGGUGGAGAAGCAGAACCUAAGCAAAGAAGAGCUGCAGGACUGCAAAGGCCUUAUUGUCCACUCUGCCACCAAGGUGACCACAGAUGUCAUCAACACAGCAGAGAAGCUCCAGGUGGUGGGAAGGGCCAGCACUGGAGUGGAUCUGGAGGCCGCCAAGAGGAAGGGCAUCCUGGUCAUGAACACUAGCAAUGGGAACAGUCUUAGCACUGUGGAGCUCACCUGUGGGAUGAUCAUGUGUCUGGCCAGGCAGAUUCUCCAGGCGACGGCUUCGAUGAAGGAUGGCAAAUGGGACCAAAAGAAGUUAAUGGGAACCGAGUUGAAUGACAAAACCUUGGGAAUUCUUGGCCUGGGGAGGAUCUGGAAAGAGAUGACAGUCUGGAUGCAGUCCUUUGGGUAUGACCCCAUCAUCUCACCAGAGAUCUCGGCCUCCUUCAGCAUUCAGCAGCUGCCCCUGGAGAUCUGGCCUCUCUGUGACUUCAUCACUGUGCACACCCCUCUCCUGCCCUCCACAACUGGCCUGCUGAACAACAGCACCUUUGCCCUGUGCAAGGGUAUGUGCAUGGUGAACUGUGCCCGCAGAGGGAUUGUGGAUGAGGGCGCCCUGGUCUGGACACUGCAGUCGGGGCAGUGCAUGGGUGCAGCGCUGGACGUGUUCACAAAGGAGCCGCCUUGGGACCGCACCUUGGUGGACCACAAGAAAGUCAUCAGCUGCCCCCACCUGGGUGCCAGCACCAAGGAGGCCCAGAGCCUCUGCGGGGAGGAGAUUGCUGUCCAGUUUGUGGACAUGGUGAAGGGGAGAGCCCUCGCAGGGGUCAUGAAUGCCCAGGCCCUUACCAGCACCUUCUCUCCGCACACCAAACCUUGGAUCAGUCUGGCAGAAGCUCUGGGGACACUGAUGUGAGCCUGGGCAGGGUCCCCCAAAGGGACCACCCAGGUGGUAAUGCAGGGCUUAUCCCUGAAGAAUGCCAGGAACUGCCUGAGCCCCGCAGUUAUUGUCAGCCUCCUCAAAGACACUUCUAAUUAUGCAGAUGUGAAUGCCAAGAUGCUGGUGAAGGAGGCCGGCCUCAAUGUACCCACCUCCCAUAACCCCACUGUGCCAGGAGAACAAGGAUGCGGGGAAGGCCUCCUGAGCGUGGCCCUGUCAGGUGCCCCCUACCAGGGUGUGGGCUUUGUGCUGCAGGCACUCAACCAAGCUGCCUUCAGACCACAAGUGCCUCUCCGCAGGGGUCUGCCCCUGCUCCUGUUCCGGGCUCAGCCUUCCAACCCUGCCUUGUUGCCUACCAUGAUUGGGCUCCUGGCAGAGGCAGGCAUGCAGCUGCUGUCCUACCAGACCUCAGUGGUGUUUAAUGGGGAGACCUGGCACGUUAUGGGCAUCUCUUCCCUGCUGCCCAGCCUGGACGCCUGGAAGCAGCAUGUGACCGAGGCCUUUCAGUUUCAUUUCUGACC